AUAUGUGAAUGUGGCCAUGCAAAGUGUGUGACAUUUCAUUAUCUACCCGGUAAAGAGGUUGCCCUGGUUCAGCUUGAAGAACUGACAGACUGCUAUCCACUUGUGGCCUAUACAGUUUGUUCCAAACGUAUGGUAACCCUGAGGAGACACAUCGUCAUCAAAGAUUAAAAAAUCAGGAUGGCAAGACCAGUUAGCUUCAGAGUCCUUUUUGGAAGUGAAGAUGAUGCAAGAAAACUAAGCAUUAAAUCCGGAAUACCGUCUUCUGUGGAUGAAUUGGCUUUUGAAAUUAAGACCUUCUUUGGCAUAACAGAGCAGUUUAGGCUUCAAUACAAAGACGUAGACUUUGGAAACGAAUUCAUGAACCUCUUAUCAAUUUCUGAUAUUCAAGAUCGCAGUACUUUGAAAGUGGUAUACUUACCUUGUGAGGCUACCACCUCCGCAAUAUCCUCAGCUCCAUCCACUAAAGAUAACUGCUCCACAAUCCCAGUUACUCCCUCCAAUGUAUCUUGCAGCUCCUCGUCACAAGAACCAAGUGAUUCAGCAUCUGCUGACUCCUGUAGCAGCAAUGAUACUGUCAUAUUGUCAUCUCCUGACUCCCGAUCUUGCACUUGGCCUAAAGAUUUUGUAGUGCCACGAUUUUCAUAUUGUGCCGAGAUGCAGCUCCAGAAGGGAAAUGAUGAAUUCAAUGCAAGUGGAACUCUCCUAUCUCUUACGCCCAAACUCAGAUCUGAUAUUCUUGAAGGCAUUGCAGAAGAAAUAAUCAAGUAUACAGCAUAUCCAAAGGACAAUCAGUUUGAAAAAGUUGCAGAGGCCUUGAUACAAACCCAUCCAUGUUUGCGUGAGAAAGGAACUCAGACUGGGUGUUGUGGAUGGAAGCACUAUAUUAAGAUAAAGAUGAUGAACUUCCGCACCAAGCUUGGCCGAGCUGGACACCCAGAAGUCACAGUCAACUCACUUAAAAACAAACAGAAAGGCCAGGGAAAACCAGCUGCAAACAUAAAAAAGCCACGGAGGGCAGAGGUUAAUUUCUGUCCAAACCAUCCGAGAGGGGAAACCAAUGACAGCCUGGAGGUGGAAAGGGUUGCUCUAUUGACCGAGUUAAAAAAAAAGAAUAACGAGACCGUGAUCAAGGAAAAGAUGCAGCGUACCUUCUCAUACCGACGACAAGAAAUUCUUCAGGAGCCAAUGAUUACAGAGGUCCGAAACAGAUGGCCAGCAUUGUUUGAAAUUGGAGAAGUCAACUUGGAGUUCAUGCGUAUAACAACUGUUCCGCUGAUAUCAAAAUUCAUUGGUCAACUGGACAAAUACACUGAUGGCCUGAUGAAGGUGUUCCGUCACAAAGGAGGAUGUGCAGGACAGAAAAUCUGCACCGUAAUUGCAUUGGCAGCUAAAAAUGAAGACAUAAACACCAGGCGUGAUUGUAUCCUGAGAUGCCUAAGUGUCUACAUCAAUGAAGACAUCGAGACACUUGUCAAAGAAUAUGUGGACACUGAAAGUGUGGAGGCUGAGUCUCUCAUUGCACAGACAACAAUGGGCAUCUAUGUCAUUCGAGUGGAGGGCGCUGGUUCUGAAGAAGAACCUUCAGAUGUUGGUGUUGUUCUUGAAGGAGUUGAAGUUCUGCAAAACCUGCCAAGUGUCACACUCGGAUGUGUGAUGCUUUUUGGACUAAUUUAUGCCCUUAACUUAAACUAUCCAAAGGACCUCAAGUGCACAUUUGAAGCUUUUCAGAAAAUCCUGAUGGAACUGGAUACAACCAAGCUGUCGCCAAAAGUUCAGGGACUGAAAAUUAAGAUGCUUCAGUGAAUCAUUGAGAGAUAUGCUGAUAUUUACAUGUUUGCUCUUGACUUGCACUUUUUCUACUCGUUAGAACCAACACCCUAUUUUUCCAAAUUAUUGCAUGUCACAGAUUUGUGAAAAUGUUUGUGUAAUGUUAAAAAGUGUUGUCAUUGAAUCAGAUUUGACCUGAUUGUUAUGUCUACCUCAAGUUUUGCAGUUUUUUAAGCACAGUUCUUGGGGAAAAAGUGCUAUGCCUGCAGUCUGUUAAAAUCCUUUGCAUUUAUUUGUUAUAGGAUGAUUGUAGCAAAAAAAAAAAAAAAAAAUUAAAGUAGUGCAAUUAACCUUGGUGUGUUAAGUAAAGAAUGAAAGUACUUUAUUUUUUGUUGAGGUUGGACACAAACACAGUAUAAGUGAGAACAGACUGUCUUGCUAGCUCCUCUUUUUGCUGCCUUUUGUGCUUGUUAUUUCUAAA